GCUGAUCAAUAUUAAUGUCCCGAUUGCAUAAAUUAACAGUGACCUUUUACAAUUUCUCACAGGAUGCACAUCCAGAAUCCAGACCGCCUCUUCUCAUCCGAGAACCCUCAGCCGGCACCCACAGAUGAUGAAUUUAAUCGGUCUCAUAUUAACAUGCCGCCAAAACUGCCCAGAUGGAUUUGGGCCACGUUGGUCACUGUGCUGGGAAUCAAGACAACUUCUGUGUAAGUUGGCUAACAAAAAAAUUAUUUUAUUUUGUCUCAAGUGAUUGAAACGACUUACUUAAGUUUUAACAUAAUAAAUAGUUGGUGUCAAGGGAAAAUAUUAGUGCAAAGUGUCAAAAUCCUGUUUAUACUAGAAUGGUUAAUUCAUCAAGUUCAUUUACAGGUUUUAAUGCGUCAUAUUAGUACUGAAUCAACUCAAGUCCUUUUUCAUGAUAAAUGCAACUUUAUUAUAUAAUGUAAAUUCACAGACUGUUAAUUCCAUAUACACAUGUAUAGCGCAGCUCGAUGUUAGAGUGAAAUCAAACACAACCUCCUUUUCACAAAAUUCCUUUCACGACUGCCUCAUGACUAAAAUGCACCUCACAAAACAGACUAGACAAUAAGUCAUAAUAAGCAUAAAAAUACGUUACAAAGUCAAGCACGGGAAGAGUGUUCCCUAACUAAUUAAUCUCUCAAACACUCAUUGCACGUAACCAAACAUAAUAUCUAGUCGCAACAAUUAUUUAUGAACUCCCAUUACUCGACACAAAGUCUUCGGUUAACAUCAAUAUCAGGGAAUUAUAUUGUUUAAGUUAGUGUUUAAAUGUGAAUUAUAUUGUUUAAGUUAGUGUUUAAAUGUGAAUUAUAUUGUUUAAGUUAGUGUUUAAAUGUGAAUUAUAUUGUUUAAGUUAGUGUUUAAAUGUGAAUUAUAUUGUUUAAGUUAGUGUUUAAAUGUGAAUUAUAUUGUUUAAGUUAGUGUUUAAAUGUGAAUUAUAUUGUUUAAGUUAGUGUUUAAAUGUGAAUUAUAUUGUUUAAGUUAGUGUUUAAAUGUGAAUUAUAUUGUUUAAGUUAGUGUUUAAAUGUGAAUUCUAUUGUUUAAGUUAGUGUUUAAAUGUGAAUUAUAUUGUUUAAGUUAGUGUUUAAAUGUGAAUUAUAUUGUUUAAGUUAGUGUUUAAAUGUGAAUUCUAUUGUUUAAGUUAGUGUUUAAAUGUGAAUUAUAUUGUUUAAGUUAGUGUUUAAAUGUGAAUUAUAUUGUUUAAGUUAGUGUUUAAAUGUGAAUUCUAUUGUUUAAGUUAGUGUUUAAAUGUGAAUUUGUGAAACAUCCUGAUCCAGUAACCAUUUGGGCAUGUGCCUUUUAACCAGAUAAUUUUAAGAUAUUAGAUUAUUAUUUUAAUAAAUUAUUUACCAUCACAAAUAUUGCAAAUUUUCAUUUAUUACCCCCCCCCCCCCCCUUUUUUUUCCCCCAAAACAGAAAUCGUCUGUGCAUGGCAACCUUUCUUCACAUUGUAACUUUGCUGUCCGCAUUCUUGUUUGGCGCCUGUGGCUUAGUGUUCAACAUUUAUGACAGCCUCAGUGAAUUUUCCAAAACGACAGUUCUAGUGAGCAUUGCCAAAUCGGUCCUGGGCUUGUACUGGAUUGGUUUAGGGAUCUACGCCAACUCUCUGGCAGCUCGACUCUUCAGCAACAAAAGGCUGGUUGACUGUAUUAGACUUCAUGCUAAAACUUUUCUCAAGGUGAGCAUUUAAAAAUGAGGGUUUAGUGUUUAGACCUAAGGCUGGAGAGUUGGAUAAAUCAGUUUGGAUUAAGGCCUCUCAGAUUUGAUAUAGAAAUUCUGUUAACUACUGUCUCAAUGUGAUAACUAAAGUCCAAUGUCACAAUGUGAUAACUACUCUCCAAUGUUUGAAUGACAUAACUACUGUCCAAUGUCCCAAUGUGAUAACUACUGUCCAACAUUCCAAUGUGAUAACUACUAUCCAACGUUCCAAUGUGAUAACUACUGUCCAACGUUCCAAUGUGAUAACUACUUUCCAAUGUUUGAAUGAGAUAACUACUGUCCAACGUUCCAAUAAGUACCAUCCAGUGUCCCAACCACUGUAUAUAACUGACUACAGAUCAGCACCGUGUUCAUUGUUGUAAUCCUGACCAUUGUUGUGGUGACCACAAACCUGUACACAACCUUGUAUCUGUUGGAGGACCAUCACAUUGGGAACAAGACCAAGCUCAUGGACAGCAACUGUGCCAGCAUCGGUACCAAUGUAAGUCUUUUCAUACUGUUAAUGCUAUUUAAAUCUGAAUGACCAAUGACAUUAAAAAACUCAACUGACCAGUUGCCUUGUUGACCCUAUGAGGUGAAAUCAAUUAAAUAUUCAUACUAUUUAAAUCCUAAGAUUGUGACAUUAACAUAUUUGCCAGACUGUUCUAUUAAUUUGUCUGCUUGAUUAUUCCAUUAAUCUGUCUGCCUGACUGUUCCAUUAAUCUGUCUGCCUGACUGUUCCAUUAAUCUGUCUGCUUGAUUGUUACAUUAAUGUCUGUUUGACUGUUCCAAUAAUGUUUGGCUGACUUUUCCUUUUCUGCUUGACUGCUCUAUUAAUAUUUCUGCCUCAUUGUUCCAUUAAUAUGGGUCUGCCUGACUGUUCCAUUAUUAUGGGUCUGUCUAAUUGUUCCAUUAAUAUGGGUCGUCUGAUUGUUCCAUUAAUAUAGGUCAGUCUGAUUGUUUCGUUAUUAUGGGUCUGCCUGAUAGUUUCAUUAAUAUGGGUCUGCCUGAAUGUUCCAUUUAUAUGGGUAAGUCUGAUUGUUCCAUUAAUUUGGGUUUGACUGAUUGUUCCAUCAAUAUGGGCACGUCUGAUUGUUUCAGUACAACAUACACUUACAAAAUCUUGUGUUAUUUUCCCCAGCUUCUCCUCUGUCAGGUUUACUAUGGGUCAAAGGUCUUCUACUCAUUCUUCUGUUUGACCUGGAAUCUUUUGGUGGCUUGCAUCUACCUCUCUGUCUGCCGGACACACACUAUAAGUAGGUCAUUAUUUGGUCUUUAAUCACCUCUCUGUCUGCCGGACACACACUACAAGUAGCUCAUUAUUUGGUGGUUAUUACCUUACCUCUCUGUCUGUAGGCAACUCGAUUUCAUCUGUGCAUGUUUUUUCGGCUUUCGUAAUAGUUUAAAGGUUUUUACAACAUAUUCUUUGGAAUCAAGGUGUGUUGAAUGUGUUUUAUCUGCUUUGACUGAUAAUCUUGUGUUUUUUACCGCGAUGAACAGCGAUUACAUGGAUUUUUCGGACAUCGUUGCAAUAAACCAAGACAAAUCCAUAGCUGCCAUAUUGGAAACAAUUGAGACGGCAUCUUGUAAACAAAUGGCAAGAUCAAAACAACUAUUUAAAGACAAAUUGACUACAGACAAAAGGCGUGCCCCUGAUCUUGGGUAAGAAAACCUCCGUUCAAACAAAAAUCCAAGACUGUUCUCACUCAAGAACUCAAGAGUUAUUCAUACCGCACACUUACAAGGAGAAUGUCUUGCUAUGGGAACAACGGAAAACACAAACAUUACAAGGGCUGAAGGAAAUAUGUACGAUGAAUGUAAAAAACAAAUUUCCAUUUAUUUGGAUCAAUAAAAAUAUCUUAAGUAGGUCAUUACCUGGUCAUUAUCACCCGAUCUCACGGUCUACAAAACACACACGAUAAGUAGGUAAUUAUUUGGUCUUUAUCACCUCACCUCUCUGUCUGCAGGACACACACUAUAAGUAGGUCUUUACUUGGUCUUUAUUAUUCCUCUUUAUUUUGGUCACAUUCUGUAAGUAGGUCCGUAUUUUGUCAUUAGUACCUCAUCUCUGUCUGUCAAUAUGGUGUUUGAGCUAUGAAGACAUAAAUUAUGGGCCUCACAUAUACAAUAGUUUUUAUGACAAUUCAUUGAUCUCCCUGCAGGCAUCCGCCGUUUUAUGAAGGAACUCAUGUAUGAUACAAACAUCUUUGAGGAGUUCUGUAUGAUACAAGCCCUGGAGGAGCAUCAGACACAGGGUAACCAGAGUCUUAAAGACGAGAAGAAACUGAAGGAUGAUAAUGGUGAGUGUCUUUCAGGGGUGUGGGGUGUGGUGGGGGCAGAGGAAGCAGAGUUUUAUUACAGAAAAGAAACUUAAGCAUGAUCUUAAGAAUCUUACUGGGGUGUAGUGGAUUAGUUGGGAUGCAGUGGGAUAUAGCAGGUGUAGUGGGGGUGGGUGGGUGGGAUGUUUUGGGUGUAAGGUUAGGGGGUUAUUCUGAUAAACUCUCCCAUCCAUCUCAUUGUGCCCAUGCUCUACUUUUCUUGUUCAUUCUUUUCAAAGAUAUGUCACAUAAUUAAAAGAGUGCCACAUAUGUAGUGUUUUUUGUAUUGCUACCUUUGUAUUGUUUUUGUGGUAUUGGUACAUUUGUAGUGUUUUUUGUAUUGCCACAUUUGUAGUGUUUUGUGAUAUUGAUACAUUUGUAGUAUUUUUGUAUAGCUAUAUUUGUAGUGUUUUUGUGGUAUUGGUACAUUUAUAGUGUUUUUGUAUUGCUACAUUUGUAGCAUUUUUGUGGUAUUGGUACAUUUGUAGUGUUUUUGUAUUGCUACAUUUGUAGCAUUUUUUUGGUAUUGGUACAUUUAUAGUGUUUUUGUAUUGCUACAUUUGAUAUGUUUUUGUGGUAUUGCUACAUUUGUAAUGUAAUGUGCAGAUCCCAGAUUUUAAUACACUACUACUUUUUCAGAGUAUGACAUCUGGCAUGAUGAUAUUGUCAAUUUUGACAGUGACAGUCAUUCGGACCCACCCCAGAAUGCUCAUCUUUUGAGAACUUUAAGGGUCAUGAGACAGAACACAAGGUCACAACUGCUCAAUGACAUUAGUAAGUUGAAGUUGCAGCAGUGCUGUUUUUUUAAUAAAUUCUGUUCAUGAAAUCCUCCAAUUUGACUCAUUUAUAAUUGAAUCAAGACCAAAUGUUUGUUUUGAAGCUAAGUAAAACUGUACAUUGUGAAUGAUGAAUUAAUGUGUGUAUAUAUAUAUAUACAUAUAUAAAUAAAUAUUUAUUUAUUAUAUAUAUAACUGUUGAAUUACAAACUCUAUUAAUUUUCCUUUCUCACCGCUACCCCCACAACAGGCAGCCAACAACAAGAAAGUCUCUAUGUCUCGUGUAAUAUACCCAGAAGGGAGAGAAAUCUAUCCAGUAGAGCCUGGACCCUAGGAGAGGUAACUAUUGGGGGGGGGGGGCCUGGGUUCCACAAAUAAUACAAAACUUAUUAGUGGGAUUCUUUGUUAUAUUCUGUUCUCCACUACGUUAAAAGGUAUUCCUAUGGCUAUUUUAAUUGUUUGUGGGUUGAACUAUCAAUGUACCAGAAUCACAUAGCAUCUACAUCUCAAGUUGUGCUAAGACGCAGACCAGUUGUGCUAACACGCAGACCAGUUGUGCUAACACGCAGACAGGUUGUGGUAACAUGCAAACAGGUUGUGCUAAAACACAGUCAGGUUUUGCUAACAUGCAUACAGAUUGUGCUAACACACAGAAAGGUUGUGCUAACACACAGACAGGUUGUGGUAACAUGCAAACAGGUUGUGCUAAAACACAGUCAGGUUUUGCUAACAUGCAUACAGAUUGUGCUAACACACAGAAAGGUUGUGCUAACACACAGACAGGUUGUGCUAAAACACAGACAGGUGGUGCUAACACACAGACAGGUUGUGCUGUUCAUUAUGAGGUCUGUCACUGUUAUCAUCCCCUUUAUGUCUGCUCAAAGACAUAUUAAAGGACAAGUGACAUUCACUUUAAAGCCACCACUCAACUAACAGGACAAGUGACAUUCACUUUAAUUAAGCCAACCCUAACGACUUAGUGAACUAUUUCCCUCGAGCCAAAGUGUUCAUUACAAAACAAGUUGGUUUAGGCCUCCAGCCUCAUGGAGUUAGAGUUUUAAAUGAAAUUAGUGAUGUGCCUGGUGAGAAAUAAUUUGUUUAACAAAGGAAAGAAUCUCUUUAUAAUCUCCUUCUCGAUAAUCAUGUGCUGAUUUGCUCUUGAAAUUUACUCUGUGUAAAUGUGGACUUCACAUACCAGUAUUCGUCUAACAAAAUUAUGUCCCUUUUUUUAGAAAUAGUUACUAAGCUACAGAGAGUUUAGUGACUUUUCAUUAAUGAGUUGUUAUUGAAGUCUUAAAACAAUUGUGAAUGUAUCACUUAGUCCAUCAGAAAGCACUUGAAUAGUUUUAAUAUUAUUCCAUAUUAAUGAAAAUUCCAUUGUCAAUUAUUCCCCACCACCCUUCUCCAGUUUUCUCCAUCUGAACAUGAAGAGGGACAGAUGAGCCCAGGAAAACAAGAUAAAACUCUUAUUUCUCGUGCAAUGCAAGAUGAUUUCCCAGAGCCUGACAGCGUCUUCGAAGACAACUUACCUCAUGCGUCCACCCCGGCACCAGGUUCAUCAGACGCUGUCCCGCCUGCGCCCAUCGUGCCACCCCAAAUCUCAAAAACCAGCUUCAAUGGGGUUCGACCUCCCAUCAUGAAAAAUGAAGAUCUGAUGUUCACUUAUUUCCAGCUGUUGGUAAGUAAUCUAGGAUAAAGGUCAGUAGCUGUUUGGUGAGUGAUCUAGGUCAGCGUUCCCCAAAUGGUCCACACAACAAGAAUAUUUAUGGUUAAUAAAAAGAAAAUAUAAUUAAUAAAUCUGCCACCUGUAGCUGGAGCAGUUUAAUACCUUGUCCACCGGUCUGCCAGACUUAAAAGUUUGAGAAAUGCUGAUCUAGGUAUAUUAUUUACAGACAAAUUAACUGACAUUCUAGAAAUGCCCAACUGAUGUACAAGUAUUGCCCAACUGAUGUCAAAGCAUUGCCCAACUGAUGUCCAAGCAUUGUCCAACUGACGUCUAAGCAUUGCCCAACUGAUGUCCAUGCAUUGCCAAACUGACAUUCAAGCAUUGCCCAACUGAUGUUCAAGCAAUGCCCAACUGAUGUACAAGCAUUGCCCAGCUGACAUUCAAGCAUUGCCCAACUGAUGUCCAAGCAUUGCCCAACUGAUGUACAAGGAUUGCCCAACUGAUGUCCAAACAUUGCCCAACUGACAUUCAAGCAAUGCCCAACGGAUGUCCAGGCAUUGUCCAACUGAUGUUCAAGCAUUUCCCAACUGAUGUCCAAGCAUUGCCCAACUGACAUUCAAGCAUUUCCCAACUGAUGUCCAAGCAUUGUCCAACUGAUGUCCAAGCAUUGCCCAACUGAUGUCCAAGCAUUGUCCAACUGAUGUUCAAGCAUUAUCCAACUGAUGUCCAAGCAUUUCCCAAAUGAUGUCCAAGCAUUGCCCAAUGACGUUCAAGCAUUGUCCAACUGAUGUCCAAGCAUUGCCCAACUGAUCUUCAAGCAUUUCCCUACUGAUGUCCAAGCAUUGUCCAACUGAUGUCCAAGCAUUGCCCAACUGAUAUCCAAGCAUUGCCCAACUGAUGUCCAAUUGUCCAACUGAUGUUCAAGCAUUGUCCAACUGCUGUGGUGUAUUUUUGUUUAACAGAAUAUUGCUAAAAUUCUUCUCUUACUUAUCAACAAAUUCACUGGAAAAUGUUUUAAGUUUCAAAGAGAUGGAUGCAGUUCAGUAUUUUACUCUGUGGAAUGACCCUCAAGGUUUCCUUCAUUUUGUUUGUUGGUCAUUGGUGGCACUGAUGUUUCAAAUUUUUAUAUUUUUCAUGACAUCAUUGGACCAUGACAUUGUUUUAUCGUGACAUCACUACGGAAAUUCCAUCGUCUCCAAGAGACGAAAGUCGUUUUUAAAUACAAAAUUUCUUAUUUCAGCGCCGUCUAUGCUCUACAUCCCGUCUGCUUCAGCGGUGGAUUUCCAGCUGGAUCACCUUCACCUUGCUGUGGUGUGGCCUGCUCAUUGUCUACUGGACAACACACACUGCUCAGCUGUCUGGGAUUGUCCAGUUCCUCAUUCCAUUAGUGGCGCUUGGCCUCUUGACGUCUGCUUAUGCUGAAGUGAACUUUGAAGGAGAGAGACUUUUAAAGGUGUGAAGUGAGAGAGGAAAUAUCCAAGAGAUUUAUCAAACUAGAUUGAUAUCAAUGUAUCUAGAUUUUUAUUUGGUCAGUUAUUUUAUUCAUUGAUUUUUUUCCCUAGGAUGCUCUUCUUUAUUUUUGUUGUGGGUCAGUGAAGGGUAGACAGAUGAUAGAAUACAUUGGUGAAAGUUACACCUGCAACAAGUUGGCUGAUGUUUUCCAACUUCGGUGGUUGAGGUUGUUUUACUCAAAGUUGAACUCCUCCCCAAGAAUGGCUGCUUUUGGGUCUGACAGGAUCAAUAAGAAAUUGUCUCAUUAAAGCAGCAUAGUUCAAAUGAAAUGAACAUUUAAGAUGUAUCAAUUUACUGCCUUAGCAUUAGCAUACAUGUCUACCUAUAGUUUUACUAGUUUUUUUAAAAUUUAUUUUUUAACAAAAAUACUUAGAAGUUUUUUGGCUUAUCUGUCACAUAAUUAACCAAAUCAAGGCCCACAACUCAAGGAGGCUAGUACAAAAGUGAAAUAUUAUACUAAGCCUGAACUUAAUUUACAAGUGUAAGUUCUUGCCUACUACACGAAUAUCAAGUACUCUUGACUCUGAAUGAUCCUGUUAAGCUUAAAAUACAGAUAUCUUCUGCUUUCUACUUAUAUUUAUUAUAAAUAACUAUUUAUUAAAUCAGAUCUUUGCCUUUAAAUAUCAUUAAUAUUGAACAUUUCUAAAUGGCAGAGUGUCCUGCCUACAGAGGAGCGAAUGUCUGUCCUCUACUACUUUCAGAGCACUAAGCUGGAACUCAAGGUAAUGUUACAAAUUACAGGACUCAUAUUUCCUCUGCUUUUGUACAAACCCCUAAACAAGACGAUUUGAAGACAUUUUUAAAAGUAUUGAAGUUAAAUUUGUUUUACAAGAAAAUUUAUUAAAAAAUUCAAGAAAUAAUUUUAAAAAAGCUUUCAUAGAAAAUUCAAAAGACAAAAAAUGUUUUUUAAAUGAUAAAAUGUCACUGAGCAUAGCCCUAUGAUAUUUCUUUCUUCAGAUUUUCAGUUUCACUAUGACCUACAAUACAAUCGUCACCGUUGUUGCUGGUAUUGCUGUCACAUUCGCCACACGGAUUAUUCUGGAUCAGUUCUCAAAAUAAACCCUUUGGAUGUUUGCGAAUGGGAGAUCAGUAUCAAUUUAUUUUGAUCACUGGCAAAAAUUGUUCAAAUUUUUCAAUGCUAUCUGC